GGAAACAGAGCUUGUGACGUCAUCCCCCGGCUAUGCAAAGGGGGGGAUAUGUGACGUAGAAGCCAAGAUGGCGGCUCCCCUCUCCACGAUGAAAUUUUGGAAGCCGGGCUCUGAGGCACCGGGGAUCUCAGAGGAGCGGGAGCUGAACUCAGAGACCACCGGCUCCCCCAUCAUCUUCAACCCCCACACCGCACUCUCCAUAGAGAAGCAGCGACAGAAACUCCCCGUUUUUAAGCACAGAAACAACAUCUUGUACUUGGUUGAGAGCUUCCAGACUGUAAUCAUAGUUGGUGAGACUGGAUGUGGGAAGACGACACAGAUACCUCAGUACCUGCUGGAGGCUGGCUGGGCAGCGGAGGGGAAGGUGAUUGGAGUGACACAGCCUCGACGUGUGGCUGCUAUCUCUGUAGCUAACCGUGUGGCAGAGGAGAGAGGGGCCCUGCUGGGCCAUGAGGUGGGCUACACUAUUAGAUUCGAUGACUGUUCUGAUCCCCACGCUACGAGGAUCAAGUUUCUAACAGAUGGCAUGCUGGUGCGAGAGAUGAUGUCUGAUCCACUUCUGAAAAAGUACAGUGUGUUGAUGCUAGACGAGGCGCAUGAGAGGACCCUCUAUACAGACAUAGCGAUUGGUCUGCUAAAGAAGAUUCAGAAGAAGCGACGAGACCUGAGGCUGAUUGUGGCCUCUGCCACUCUUGAUGCCAAGAAAUUCCACGACUUCUUCAACCUGAAUGAGUCCGGCGAUCCGAGCAAAGACACCUGUGGAAUUCUGACAGUAGAGGGACGCUCUUACCCGGUGGAUAUCUUCUACACCGUCAGUCCUGUCCCAGAUUAUGUGAAAGCUACGGUGGAGACUGUGCUCAAGAUUCACGAGACUGAGGAUGAUGGAGAUGUCCUGGCUUUUCUCACUGGGCAGGAGGAGGUGGAGAAGGUGGUGUCCCUGCUGCAGGAUCAGGCCAGGACUCUGUCACGGUACGGCAUGAAGAAGCACCUGAGAAUUUUGCCCAUGUAUUCUGGUCUUCCUUACGCCGAUCAGAUGAAGGUCUUUGAGCGGGUGCCCUCUUCUGUUCGCAAGGUUGUGGUGGCCACUAAUAUAGCUGAGACCUCCAUCACUAUAAAUGGAAUUGUAUUUGUUAUUGACUGUGCGUUUGUGAAGCUGCGAGCCUAUAAUCCUUGCACUGCCAUUGAAUCGCUGGUGGUCACGCCCAUCUCCAAGGCUUCAGCCAGUCAGAGGGCGGGGAGAGCUGGACGCAACCGACCUGGGAAAUGCUUUCGACUGUACACGGAGGAGGACUUUGAGAAACUGCCGGCUUCCACUGUGCCAGAGAUGCAGCGCUCCAAUUUGGCCCCUGUCAUCCUGCAGCUCAAAGCGUUGGGCAUUGACAACGUGCUGCGGUUCAGCUUUCUCUCUCCUCCUCCAGCUCAGACUAUGGUUCAGGCACUGGAGCUUCUCUACGCUCUGGGAGGUUUGGAUCAUUACGGCCGUUUGACUGAUCCCAUGGGUGUGCGGAUGGCAGAGUUUCCCCUCAGCCCCAUGUUUGCUAAGAUGCUCCUAGAGUCGGGAAACUUUGGGUGCUCCAAAGAGAUUGUUACCAUAGCAGCAAUGAUGCAGAUUCAGAAUAUAUUUGUCGUGCCACCCAAUCAGAAGAAAGCUGCUGCCCGCGAGCACAGGAAGUUUGCAGUCGCAGAAGGAGACCACCUCACCAUGCUGAAUGUGUAUGAAGCAUUCAUUAAGCACCAGAAGAGCUCCCAGUGGUGUCAGGAGCAUUUUCUCAACUACAAGGGUCUGCUGCGAGCUGUGACUGUACGAGAGCAGCUCCGGCGCCUCAUGAACAAGUUUAAAGUGCCGCGAACAUCCAGUGAAGGUGAUCCAGAUGUGAUCUUGAAGUGCAUUGUCUCUGGAUUUUUUGCUAAUGCAGCUCGCAUUCACCAUUCUGGUUCCUACCGGACUUUACGAGACGAUCGUGAGCUUCACAUCCACCCAAACUCUGUGCUGUACGGAGAGAAACCUCCAAAGUGGGUUGUCUUCAAUGAAGUGGUGCAGACAUCAAAAUACUACAUGCGUGACGUGACUGCUGUUGAGUCGUCUUGGCUGGUUGAGUUGGCCCCUCACUUUUACAAGCAAGCCAAGCAUGGCUCGCUGGCCAGCAAGAGAUCCAGGGUCCUCUAAAUCUCCUCAUCACUUCACCACGAUAAAAGAGGAAGAAUAAUUUACCACUGUGCCCCUUCUCCAUUUCACUGUAUAUAAAGAUGUAAUAUAUAUAUAUGUAUAUUUAUUGUCCACCUGCACAACCCCAUCUACACUAUGUGGCCAUGCUACACUGGGAUUCAGCGGUAUAAUUUAAAUGUUGAUGUAAACAUUUAAACUUGCUCCAUUUGAGUGUGUCUCGGUUUUGGCUGUGCUGUAGUGUAUAUUCAGUCUAUGAGAGUAAAUGCUAAUGAAUGUGAAAUGAGUCUAGGCUGUGCCUGACCCAGUGUCCAUUCUGGGACGGUCAUGUAGUUCAUUCAUAUAUAUGUGUGUGUAUAUAUAUAAUCAUAGCAGGCUCAGGUCCAGGGAAGGGCUUCGGUGCCACAGGCCUGUCCACACCUGGUCCCAGGCUGCAUUUUUUU